AUGAAGAGUCUCUCAUUUCUUGCAAGUUUGUCACUCUUUCCUUUAAUCUUUCCAUUCGCCAUUGCUUCUGACCCAAGCCCAGUUCAAGACUUCUGCGUCGGUGUAAACACCCCAGCAGAUGGUGUGUUUGUGAACGGAAAGUUCUGCAAAGACCCAACACUUGCCACAGCGGAUGACUUCUUUUACACAGGGCUUAACGAGCGAAAAGACACAAAUAAUAUGUAUGGAGUAAAUGUGACAUUUGCCAAUGUUGAUAACGUUCCAGGGUUAAACACCCUCGGAAUAUCGUUUGCCCGUGCAGAUGUUGCGGUGAACGGGCAAGUCCCGCCUCACUACCAUCCACGUGCCAGCGAGAUCUUGGGUGUUUCAGAAGGAACACUUUUGGCAGGCUUUGUCUCCGACCAACGCCUCUUCACCAAAACGCUUAACGUUGGAGAUGUGUUUGUAUUUCCUCAGGGAGUCCUCCAUUUCGCAGUCAACAUAGGAGAUGUCCCAGCAGUUGCAUUCGCAUCUUUGAACAGUCAAAACCCUGGUACUGUCUUUAUUGCUGACACCGUCUUUGGGUCUAACCCGCCGAUAAACCCGGAUGUUCUUGCAACGUCGUUUCAGUUGGACUCUACAAUAAUCAGGAAACUACAGGCCAUAUUCGGACCAUCGACUGAAACAAUACUGAACUUUUAG